AUGAAACUGUUCAGCGAAAGCAUUUGCAACAGUAUUAGUGGACAGGAAGUGGUGUUGUCUCAACACAAGCACUCGAGUCUAUGUAUACAAUGGCUGAUUGAGAACACGGGCAACACUGAACUGAUCCGAAAGUUGGCCGAAAGGAUAUGUGUGUCGACCAUAUCAUUGGACUAUAUGAUGAAUCAGAGCAGUAGUUGCGUCCUUCAGGCCCUCAUUGAGGCCACACUCAAGAUAUUGUCCAAAGAGAGCUCUCACGGCUCAGGCACUUCGGGCGGCGGGCAGAGUGAGCGCAACAUGAAGUGGAGCACCCAUUGGUUGCAUGACAUCGGAAAGUUCAUAGUCCAGCACAUGAACGAGUUGCUCGAAGACACCAACGGCUCUCAUGUCAUGAUCACCACACUGGAGGCUAUGGGUGGCAUAAGAGUGGGCCGGCACUGGAGCCGAAAGACUAUGGGUUUCGGAAUGAAGACAAACAUUCACUCGGAGAUAGAGAAGGAUGUGAUAAUGAAAGAGCUGCCCCUGGCGUUCAAGCAUUUGCUCAAACGGUUUGCCAAAGUGCUGGUGUUGGAGCGCCCGGACCGGGAGCUGAAGGAGAUAAUUCUGGGCAAAGCCACCUCUUUGGUGCAGUACCUGUUGUUUGUGUUGAAGGUGCGCUACCCAGAGCUGUGUCAGCUGGUGGUGCGCCGGUUGGUUGAGAUAGUAUUUCUGGACGACGAGAGCAAGUUCGCGAUCACGACGUCGUCGGUGUCGGCCUACUUGGUGGAGGCGGUGAUCCUGGUGUCGAACGAGCACCGACUGUCGCGCAUAUGGACCAAACACCUGAAGGGCAACCUGAAGGCGAUGUGGAAGCACGACAUCGCCAACUUCAUUGUCCAGCGCCUCAUCGACGCCGCACAGCAGCAGACAUUAUUCUCAGAUAUCUGUGAAGAACUGUUUCCGAGUUUGGAUUCAAUAUUCCGUAACAAUAGGCCCGGUAUUGGUGUUUGCCUUUCAAAGGCGUGUCAGAAGUUUGGUCCGUCUCAGCACGACUUCAUUCAUGCGCUGAUGAAGUCAUACCACUGUUUCGAGCCAAAGGAGCGUCAAAUACAAUUAGUGCCACUAAUGCUGUUCGGCGAGCAGACGGGGACAGGGCGUCCGGGAGGACAGCAACAGCAGCACAGUUACGGCGCCCACCAGAAGCAGGACAUCUGGCUUCACGGCUCACUGAUGUUGCAGUACAUCUUCGGCUUCGAUGAUCCCUACAAAGUGACCAAAAGUCUGUUAGCUCUCGAGCCCAGAGAGAUCGUGUCGGUGGCCAACGACAAGAGUGGCAGUCAUGUGAUCGAGACGUUCCUUCAUAGCCAGACAGUGGCGCCUAAACACAAGGCACAGCUCAUUGACCGCCUCCGGGGCUCAUACGUCGAUAUGGCUAACGAUCGGUUCGGCUCAAGGAUUGUUGAUCACGUGUUGGCCACCGUUGACUUCAAGCUCAAGACUAGUAUUAUGGAUGAGUUGGUGGCUAAGGAGUCGCAUCUAAACAGCACCCGUAAUGGCUAUUAUUUGGGCAAAAAGGCCGGACUUUUUCACUACAAGAACCGGAACGACGACUGGAAAGAGGAGGAGAAAAGUCGAGUCAAACGGCGCCGAGAAAUGGAAGAUAUCUUCUAUUGCGAGCCCAGAAUGAGAGUACAGAGACUCAAGUGAUGGUCGACUGACUGGUUGUCCCAUUGUUUUCAACUUUUCGCACUCUUUUUUAUCAAUCUAUCAAAUGGUUAUAAGACUUGUGUUAAAUAUAUUAUUAAAGUAUAUUUAAAUAUUAUUAUUAUUAUUGAAUUUAAUUCAAAAAUAUUUAAUUUGAAAAAAUGUCACUAAUUUUGCAAUAUUUGACAAC